CAUCGCCUCGCUGUUACUUCACGCGAGCUCGCGAGAGAGAACUUCCUUUCCCAUUGUCUCGUACCUUUUUUUCUUCUUCGUCGCCGUCCUCGUCGUCCUCGGCGUCCUCGGCGUCCUCGGCGUCCUCGUCGUCGCCGUCGUCGCCGUCGUACCUCGCGAUCGGUAGUCCCUUUCUCUUUGCCUCCGCUCCGACGUGAGUUCGACGCGCAUGCUUUUGUUUCCGCUCGCUUGCGUUCUCGUUCGUCCCGCGACGAUCAUUAUGUAAAAGAGGUUCGCUUUUUAUGUAGAGCGACUGGUGCAAUCGAGAAGGUUGGGUGCGAUCGAUCGCGCGCUCGCACGCAAACAUUUAUUGAAAAGGAGGACUCUUGAUCUUGUAGUUUCGCGAGUGCGACGUUAUGCUCUUAUGGACUCUGUCGGCGUCCAAGUGGAAAUUCGAAGGGGUUCGGGCUUAAUUUUCGAACUAACUUUUUCUUCGACGUCAAAAUGCUGAAGACACUGGGAAUUUUCAUCGGGCUGUCAGCAUUGGCUAGCUCGACAGUUUUGCCACUGCGAAUGUUGCACGACCUCAAACGCCGAACGAAUUCGUCGAUGGAACGUUACCACAAGCAGGAGCUUGCGAUAAUGAAGUCGGGAGUACGAUUGAACAGAAACUCACCUGCAUGGUUUUUGGCUGCUUCGCACGAAAUGACGCCGACUGCUGCCAAUUUGACCGAGAAAGCUUUGAGGCGCGAAACUAUGGCGGUCAUGCUUGUUGAGGCGUUAAACAUGUCGCCUAAGGAGGCUACUUCGCUUUUACCGGCUGUCGGUACGAGUUUGGUCAGCAUAUGCACCGGCGAUUACCUGCGGAUAAUAAACGAGUGCAAAAAGGUCGAAUCUCGCUACCGAACCAUCAGCGGCCGUUGCAAUAAUCCACUGUAUCCGGCCCGCGGUGCCGCGCUGGAAGCUUACCAGCGCCUGAUGCCAGCCGAGUACGCCGACGGCGUCUCUCUGCCCGUUUCCACUUUGCCAAGUGCCAGAGCCGUGAGCGUGGCUAUGCACUCUCGCGGCCCAGAUCUCAGGCAUCCUUACUUGAUGGCGCUGACGGCGCUGUUCGGCGAGUUCGUGGCGCACGAUCUCGCGCACACGCCGCGCAUGCGACUGCCGAACGGCGAGCGCCUGCGCUGCUGCGCCGUGAGCUACGAAAACUUUCAUCCCGAGUGCUUCCCUAUUGCCGCGGAGAAAGAGGCUGGCGGGUGCAUGGAGUACGCAAGAUCGGCGCCCCACCCCGGCAAUGCUCACCAGGGCUGCAAGCUGGGCGCGCGUCAGCAGAUCAACCAGGCCACGUCCUACCUGGACUUGUCGACGCUGUACGGCAGCUCGGACGAGCGAGCGCGGGUGCUGCGCUCGGGCAAGGGCGGCUCGAUGAACACGCAGGGCAAAAACCUGCCGAUGCCGGACUUGGACUCGCGCAACUGUCGGUUGCAGAGCAAGGCGUUCCCGUGCUUCCUCAGCGGUGACGAGAGGGUCAACGAGCACCCGGGACUCGCGCUGAUGCACCUGUUGUUCCUCAGGGAACACAACCGCAUCGCCGACAACCUGCAGCACCUGAACCCGCACUGGGACGACGACCGCCUCUACCAGGAGGCCCGCAAAAUCAACAUUGCCGAGAUGCAGCACGUGACUUACAACGAGUUCCUGCCCGUUGUGCUCGGCGAAACUGCCCUCGAUGACUACGAUCUGCGCCUGACUCAACGCGGCUACUUUUUGGCUUACGACUCGCGCGUCGACGCGACGAUGGACAACGCCGCGGCGUCGGCGGGCCUGUUCUUCGUAGCCGCACUGAUGCCCAAAACCGUAGACCUCGUCGACACUAAGUCCGACGAGAAGAGCGGCGAGAGGUCGCUGCUCUCGGCUUUUUACGCGCCGCAAGAGCUUUACGAGGCCGGGGCUAUCGACAGGCUCAUCGCCGGCGCAACUGCCGGCCACUCGAGAAAACCGCUGCCAGCGAGUCUGAACGAGAUACUGGUAGAGCGUUACUUCCACGACGGUAAAACGAGCGACGCGCCUGUCGACUACGCUGCCCAAACGAUUCAGCAAGGUCGUGAUCAUGGCUUGCCGAGUUAUGUCAAUUGGAGAUCGAUAUGUGACUUACCUCAAGUGCAGUCUUUCGAUGACCUCGAGGCUACUAUUCCGAGGGAGGUGAUCGAGAAAUUGAGAGGAAUAUACAGCAAAGUGGACGAGAUCGAUCUUGUCACCGGUGCUCUUUCGGAAGUGCCAGUUGCUGGAUCAGUUUUAGGACCAACUUUCAUCUGCCUGAUAGGCAGAACCUUCAGAAAUGCUCGUGUUGGCGACAGGUACUGGUAUGAAAAUGGAAAGUCGCCAGGUCCUUUCACGCCGGAACAGCUGAAAGAAAUUCGCAAGACGACCAUGGCGAGGAUACUUUGUGACAACGGCGACAGAUUGAAACAAGUUCAGCCACGUGCCUUCCUCCUCAAAGACAGGUUCCUAAAUAACAUGGAGAACUGCUCGCUCUACAAGAUCCACGACGUGAAUUUCUUGUUCUGGAAGGAGGAGCCUCAGCUCAUUUCCUAACCGAUACGUCGAGGUUUGCCAUUGACUGUUAAUUAUAUAUAUGUAUCUUCUUUUUUUUCCUGAAUUCGUACUUCCUGUUUCGGUAGAUCGCGGUCUCUUUACCACUGAGACUCUUCACACACAACGUCCGAUGGAUAAUGUGUUUUAUCAUACGAUAGUUCGAAUGCCAUUUGUAUUUUUUGUAUUUCAUUACGCGAGGUUUACAAUUAUGCUCUGACGAUGAUUUUUUUUUAUAUAGUUUGUACCGUAAAAUACAAAAUCCUAAGAAUAGCUUACAAUUUGAAAAAUAAUUGUAGAUAAUCCAGUGUAACAUAUCAGCUGAUUUUA